GUGAGGUGAUGUGUGGUUUACCCGGCGCUAGGUUAGCGGUAGCGGUAGCUCGGUGCACUUGGGGCACAGCUGGCGGGUAGGUGGGGAGCUGCUAGUUAGUGGGGACGAUCACGACGUCAACGAUAUCCGCAUAGGCACACGCUCACGUUCAGUUCCAGUUCCAGUUCCAGCUCCACACACGAACUCGGAGCAGCAUCAGCUAUAGCUAUGUCAUUCGCAGCAGCUCCGCCGCGGUUAACCACGACAUUCGAAGACGUCGAAGACGUCGAGGAGCAGGAGCGGGACCACGACCGGGAGCACGACGACGACGAGCCCUUCGCCGUUCCGUACCUCGUGGAGGAGCCUCAGUAUGUACUCUACACCUCUACACCUAUAUCGUUCAAGCGCCGCCGGCGCGAGGAGCCGCGGUACUCCCUCUUCAGCAGCAGUUCGGUCGGGCACGGCGGUGUGGGCGGUAGCGGUAGAGGCAGCACGGACCACGGCCACAACCUCCUGCGCGAGCGGCACAGCAGUUCACUAGACCUUCCUGACCUUCCGGGCGACUACGAUGACGACGGCUCCUCCUCCUCGCUCUCAGCCGGUGGAGGUGGUGGCGGCAUCGGCGGGACAGCAGACCACGCGCUCACGACCCGGCGGAUCUACGACGACCUCACAGCAAUCGACUGGAUAUUCGAGUACACGCGUGAGCGGUCACGUCUGCGGGCGCUGCACUCUGGCACAGGGGUAUUCGGGCACUUCGCUCGCGUCUUCGACGCGAGCCAGAUCUGGCUCGUGUUAAUCGGCACCGGGAUCGCGGCGGGACUCGUCGCCGCCGCGAUCGAUAUUGUUGCGAAUUGGCUCGGUGGGUUGAAGGAGGGGUAUUGUACGAGCAGCUUUUAUCUAAGUAAGGAGUUUUGCUGUUGGGGGCUGGAGGAAAGGGAUGGGGAGGAGGCGUGUAAAGAUUGGGCGUGGUGGAGUCAGGCCGUGGGCGUUAGGGGGGGCGGCGGGAAGUAUGCCGUCGAGUAUCUGCUGUAUAUCGGGUUCUCGAUCGUGUUCGCCACCAGCGCCAGUCUCCUAGUCAAGAACUUUGCGCCGUACGCACGGCACAGCGGUAUUCCGGAGAUCAAGACUUUGCUGGGCGGAUUCGUGAUCCGGCGGUUUCUGGGCGGGUGGACGCUGGCGAUCAAGUCGAUCGGGCUGUGCCUGGCUGAGUCUUCCGGGCUGUGGUUAGGGAAGGAGGGUCCACUGGUCCAUGUGGCUUGCUGUUGCGCAAAUAUCAUGAUGAAGCCGUUCGGUGCGCUGAGGAAGAAUGAAGCCCGCAAACGAGAAGUGCUCUCUGCCGCCGCCGCCGCGGGAAUAUCCGUGGCCUUCGGCUCGCCCAUCGGCGGCGUGCUCUUCAGUCUCGAACAGCUGUCGUAUUACUUUCCCGACAAGACAAUGUGGCAGUCGUUUGUCUGCGCCAUGGUCGCCGCGGUCACGUUGCAGUUCAUGAAUCCGUUUCGGACGGGGAAGUUGGUGCUGUAUCAGGUCAAGUAUACCAGGGGAUGGCAUGACUUUGAGAUGAUACCCUUUGCGCUCCUAGGUAUUCUAGGCGGCCUGUAUGGUGCUUUCUUCAUCAAGCUGAAUAUGAAGGUUGCGGCUUGGAGGAAAAACUCCAUCGUCAAGAAGUUUCCCGUCACGGAGGUUCUGGUUGUCACUGUCGUCACGGCUCUGGUCAAUUAUCCAAUCGUGUUUAUGAGACCUCAGUCCUCCGAGCUGGUGGCAAACCUGUUCCAGGAGUGCUCUCCUCAGGGCGAGGACUUCUUCGGCCUGUGUCAUCAUACUCACUCCAAGCCGAUAGUCCUCCUGCUCCUGUCGUCGAUCCUGGGCGCACUCCUAGCUUCGGCCACGUUCGGCCUCCAGAUACCGGCGGGUAUCAUCCUACCGUCUAUGGCAAUCGGCGCACUCUACGGCCGUGCGAUGGGCCUGGUGGUGCAGUCCUGGCAGCACACAUAUCCCAAUGCCUGGUUCUUCGCCUCCUGCGAACCCGACAUCGAAUGUGUUACGCCUGGCACAUUCGCCAUCAUCGGGGCCGCCUCCGCGCUCGGCGGCGUGACCCGCAUGACGGUGUCGAUCGUAGUCAUCACCUUCGAGCUCACAGGGGCGCUCACCUACGUACUCCCGAUCAUGGUCGCGGUGAUGAUCUCCAAGUGGGUUGGCGACGCCUUCGGCAAGCGGGGGAUCUACGAGUCCUGGAUCCGCUUCAAAGACUACCCAUUCCUCGACAACCGCGACGACCCCGUGCCGGACGUGCCCGUGGUCGAGAUCAUGACGCGGAUCGAGGACCUAGUCGUGAUCACCGAGACGGGGCACACCGUCGGCAGCCUCGUCGACAUCCUGCGGUCACAGCCAUACAAGGGCUUUCCCGUCGUGUCCGACGUGCGCGACGCCUCCCUCGUCGGCUACAUCUCCCGCUCGGAGCUGCGCUUCGCGCUCGACCAGGCGCGCCACGUCCGCGGCCUCCCGGAAUCCGCCGAAUGCAUAUUUUCCGGCGCUGCCACUGCCGGCGCCGACGCCGGCGCCUGUGGCCGCACGGUCGAUAUGAGGCCGUGGAUGGACCAGACGCCGAUCACGCUGCCCUCCAGCAGCAGCCUCUCCCUCGCCGCCAACCUCUUCCAGAAGCUCGGGCUGCGAUACGUACUCUUUGCCAACCAUGGCGCGCUCCAGGGCCUGCUGACGAAGAAAGACGUGUUCUUUGUUAUGAACUCGAGUGAGGAGGGCGUUAGUGGUAUGCGUGGUGGCAGGCUGGAGACGAGGAGCGGUGGUGGUGGCGAGGGACGACGCUUGCUCGCUGAUGAUGGAAGCGAGGUUACGAGUCUUGAGGAGGAGCUCGAGGCGGGUGCGGGCAGGGGGAAUUUGCUCGGGAGUAUGUAGGCUGCGGAGAUGGGGGUCUAAUGGCAUUGGUGUUGUUUGCUAUGAUCUGCGAGAGACGGAGCUCUGUGAUUGAAUGUUCACGGCUAUGGUCUGGGCUGCUGUCCUAACUGCCACCUUAUUC